GCCCGAAACCCCGUGUCCUUUUUUUGUUCAAGGGGUUUUCCCCUAGUGUGUGUCGUCGCGCUGUGUUCGAUUGGGAAAACGACGAGAAAUAUCCUUUUCAUCGGUCGCGACCACCGUCGCACGGAAUCAAUCGCAGCGCAGUCGAAGUUGAAGGUUGACGUGUGCCAAACCGGGGUUGCUGUCUGCUGUAUCGCGCGGACUGUUGCUGUCGCGCUGCCGUUUCAGUGUUGCUGGAGAACCAAACAGUAGCCAUUGGACUGCUACUGCUGCUGUUGCCUAGUUAUUCCCGGUCCUUACUUCCGCUCUGUCGUCAGCCAUGUAAACUAUGCAACAUUUAUCCACGGGACAUUAUCGUACCGAAUUUGGCAAACUAUUGCCAUAAAAAAUAUUCGCGAAUGUGUGACAAGUUUGAUAAGUGGGAAAGAAUGCAACGGAUGACGUGCGUUGUGUUGUGGUGAAUCGUGCUGCAACAGUAACAGUUGUGUAGAGUGCAAUUUUGGUUAAUCCUAAUCAAAAGCGUCUUUCCCCGGAGUCGCGGAGUACAAGGAUACUCUACUCCUCAAGUACAAUAGUGUUUUUCGAAGUGCAUCAUACAAAACCAUCCCUAAUAACGCUUCCAGACAAAAGGCCGAUUGCAGUAGGCCCUUCCCGGUUACGUGCACGUUUGCCUUGGUUACGAGUUUGUUGAAAGUCAACAGUGCAAAGGACCCUACCCUAUCCGGCAACAGCUCUCUCCGCUGCUAACCGACCGGGCCAGUGUGCGGUGUGUGUGUGUCAACGUAUCGCAAUCGAAGAAGUGUUGUGUGUCCCUUGUUCCCUUCGAGCCAGUUGCUGCAGUACAACCGCGUCACCGUGAAGAACGUCGAUCGAGAGCGAAAAAGGACGAGCCACAAUCUUUGGUCCUAUCAAAAAUCAUCAACCGGGAGCGACCGCGCGAGCAAAACAUUUUUAAAAAUGGUGCAGGCACUAGACGAGUAUGACAUUCAGCCGGAUCUGCCGCAGGCGUUGCGAUUGCUAGACGAAAUGAACAACAACUUCAAGCAGGUAUCCGAUCUGGUGGGCAAUAUGCUGCAACGGGUAAAAACUGGCGAGCUGUCGACCGAGUAUGGGCUAAACUUUCUCGAAAUCAAGUACCACAUGCUGCUGAACUAUCUCAUCAAUCUGACGUACGUGGUGCUGCGCAAAUGCUCCGGACACCGAAUCGAGAAGGAUCCAUCGAUCGACCGAUUGAUUGAAAUACGAACCGUGCUGGAAAAGAUCCGACCCAUCGACUACAAACUGCGCUAUCAGAUCGACAAGCUGGUAAAGACGGCAGUUACAGGCAGCAGUACGGGCACCACCGACCCAACCGCGUUCCGUGCAAACCCGGCCAACCUAAUGCCACAGAUGCCGGCACCGGGUGAAGAAGCGGGCACGGGCAGUACGGCCGCUGGUGAGGGUGGUCCCGAUACGGACGAUGGUGCCGAAUCGGACAGCUCCGCCACGGUGAUGCUGAAGCUGAAGCGUGCCAAGGAAGCGGCCAAAAAGGGAGGUGCAGCUGCUGGCCGUGAUGAGGAGGACGGUGCAGCGCGUCGCAGCAAGUCGGACGUGUACGUACCACCGAAACUGACAUCGAUGCCUUACGAGGAAGACACGAAGGCGGAUCGGGCCCGAAAGCAGCUGGAGCGAGCAAAAAAGCGUGCUCUCGGCUCGUCACUGAUACAGGAUCUGAAGGACGAGUAUCUGGAUACGCCGGUCGAGCUGUCCAGCAGUUCCCGUGCGCAGCAAAUACUAUCCCGACGCGAGCGUGAGCGGGAGGAGUAUGAGGAGACGUAUCUUACGCGCCUUCCGGUUACGAAAGCGGACAAACACCGCAGCAGGAAGCUAACAACGCUUGCUUCAUUGGGCGACGAGCUGACCAGCUUUACCGAUAUAAGCGUGCUCAACGAGGAUUAUCCUUCAACGUCUACGGGUGGUAGCGGUGGCAAAAAACGUAAGGCCGGUAAAGUGAACAAAAAACACGGUAAGAAACGUCGCUUCCGUUAAGUCUUUCCACGUGGGCGAUAGUAGUGCGGUAAACAGAAUAAAAACAAAACAACAGCGCAUAAGUUCGAUUUUGAAGACGCCUUCUAAAUCAUCAAAACAAAUAACUCGAGAAGGAAAAAGGAAAGCGUCAGCAGUCAACGGUGGAUAGCAGAGUACUACUGUACUGUUGGUAGUUGUUCCUUUGUUUAGGUUCUACCGUUUUAGCUUUGUUUUCAAAUGGAUUGUGUACUUCAGUUAUACAUUUGAUCGAGUGUAUCAAUUUGUUUUUGUUAACUUCGUGAACGAAAGUUAAGUAGUAUUUUUUUCGCUUCUGAGUAUCGUUAACAUUCAAAAAAAUUGUUUAAUUUAGAUUCUUUUCAUUUGAUUAUAUAAAAAAAUAAGUUCUUCAAUACAUACAGGAUACAAGGGAAGACCUUCUGUUAUCUUUAAUAUUACUUUCUCAAAACAAAAUACGGUAGAACGCGAAAAGAAACACAAAAUAAUAAAGCAAAAGGAAUGGCGGCGCGUAUAAUGUAAGCAGAUGUAAAGAAUCAACAAAGCACACUACAAACACGUAACGUUACAAGAGAAGCCUUUUAUAAUAUAUUUAUAAGAGAAUAUUUUUUCUUCCAAUUUUUGUUUGUUUGAUAAUAACAACGCAACAAUAACAAGUGAAACAGAAGUAACAUACCGGAUCACAAACUGAACCAAAUAACGGAAUACAAACAUACAAAAAAUAGAACCGCGCUGAAAUACUACAGCCAAGCAAAUAAUUUUGAAAGGUGGGCAUAAGCAGUGGCGGGACAUGCCUUAGUUUCUUUUAACCACGUACAUUCGUUAUUCUUUCCUUCGUUGGGCGUUCGUUUUCGAGAAGCAAAAUAUACAAAACCUACCUAGUUAUGUAACAAAAUGGAACUAAAAUGUAUAAUAGAAAUAUGCAAAACGAACAACAACAAUAAAACUGAGCAUAGUUAAAUGAUAUGAAAAAAGAGAUAAACCUUUAUGUUGUUUUCUAGCAUGAAUACAAAUACAAUUCAGUGUGUGAGGUGAUAGAUACAAGCGUGGCUGGCAGACAGGCUGGUAGGUGUACAUCCUUAGCAAGAGAUACAAUUGUUAGCAGCAAGCGAAGCAGGGUGGGAUGGUGGGAUGUACCGAAACGAGUGGUAGAAAGCUGAUGUUAAAAUAAGAUUAACCAUAUUGUUGCCUUUUUCUAUAACAGUACGUAAGGAAAGAGAUUUCUUAUAAGAGUUUAGCACGCUAAAAUACGGAACAUUACCGAACACAGGACCUACCCAGAUAGGAGUAAAAGAUCGAGAAGCAAAGGACCUAUAACAAAGCAUAGAAUGAGCGGAGAUGAGUUAUUGAUGGAAUAAAGAAAAGUAAAAGAACAAAUUCUAAUCAGAAGAGAAAAUGGUAUAAAAGGAAUGGAAUCAGAUAAAAAACGGAAUGACCAGAACAAAACCAAGAAGAAAGUAAAUGGAUAGGAAGAACGAACGGGACAAGAACAUUUUUUCCAUACCAGAGACAGGGAAGAAAAACAAAACUAUAACGCAAAGAGAGGUUUAUCAAUUGGACUGGUUUGCUGUAGCAGCACUUAUAUACAACUUUUUACUCAACGAUAGCUACCAGGCGCAACGGCUGCGAAGUGUUUAUGGGAGGGUUAAUUUUUGUUUGAUGUUUUAGAAUGAUUUAACUUUAACGCAACACAAACGAAGGUCUAUUUCUAACCGGGUGUCCCGUCGGUAGCAGUGCGCACGGGACACGUUCACAUAACGACAGAUCCACAAAAAGCAUAGCAACAAGAAACCAAACCUCAAGCAAACGCCGAACACGAACGCCCGGUUGAAGGAAACGAUGAACGAGCUAGGAGGGAUUAAACUUUAAGUGAAAAAAAGAAAAAAAGUAACGAAUGAGUAACGAGUUAAAAAAGGACGCAUAGCAAAUGCGUGUAAGGCGUAACAAAUAAGCAGAAGAAAAAAAAACAGAAGUGUGUAUCAAAAAGAGCUGCUUUAAUAAGGCAUUAAGAUUAUGGAAAUGUUAUUUUCUUUAUCUGUUUUUUUUUCUAUGCCCUCCGCAUCUCUGAUACUGUCUGUUUUCUUAAUGAAAGUCGGUUGGUUUUCGAUGAUUUACGUUUCCGUUCUACAGCACUAAUAGUUUCCGACUUUAUAUGAUUGAGUAUGUUUGGUUGUUACAUUUUCUUCAAAUUUUUGUUCUUAUUACGUUGAAUGAAUGGAUUUGAAUUGUUCCAUGUUUACCUAUAUCGCUUAUCUGUUCUUUAAUGCAUUACAUUAUGUUUAUACAUUUCAAUUAUUAAAUAAAGUUUAAGAUUAGAUUUAUGUUAGUAUUUUUUUUUUAUUUUUAAGUUCAUUAAAAGGUUUACUUUAAUUUUUAAUUAUUCCUACCACCAGUGGGCGAUUUUUAUUGUUUUAUUUGCUUCGACAAAAAAUGAUUUAGGUUUAUUUAGACGGGAUGAUUUGGUAAUUGCCAAUUAUUUAAUUAAUUAUCGCACAUUGCAUUACAAUCAAAAUAUGCCAACAUGCAUUUUUCUAUUGUUUUCAUCAGGGGGGAAAUCGUUUAUGUGGGUAUGAAUGGUGGUUUUUUGCUUUAAUUUAAAUUAUAUUUAAAUUUAUUGCGCGCGUGUCAUUAUGGUGGUGCCACAGAUGGAGCACCAUCAAAGAACUAUCGGUCGGUCAUAAAAUCAAUCAAACAGCGCUGAGCAUGUGUGCUCUCUAUCAGCCCGUUUGCAUCCGCAUCCGGCUACCUAGCGACGUGUCCGUCUGCGUGUGGGUGCGAAGGUAAAUUCAUUAAUUUAAUUAAUUAAUGAAUAAUUGCGCGCGAACAAACAUAUCAAUGCAAGGGCUUGUUUCGAUUCGUUCAGGGAAUGGAAAGGAUUGCUGAUCAAUUGGAGAGCGCGUGCCAGACAACCAAAGAGCCCCAGCAAAUAGCAAAGCAUGCAGAUAUGCGCCCCAAAAAUAGUUGUUCAAUUUGUGCUAAUCGAGAGCAACGGGGAAAACACAGAUGCAUAAUAAUUGUCUACCACGCCGGAACAUCCUUUGUGCCAAUUCAUGCUCUCGAUGGGGGGAUGGGCCAUUGCCCGCAAGUACCAUACGGUGUCCUGUGCGUGCCCAAUCAAUUAAUCAUCAUCGUUGGUGGAAAAAGCAUUUCUUACACCUAUCUCAUCUGCCCCACAUCAAUUAUAUACUACCUGCUUGCUAAAUGUAGCCCAUUUUAACCGUUCACUGGUCGGUAAAUGCUUGGGAAGACCCUAGCAGUAUGCAGCAUGUUGAAGAGCUCGCAGGCAGAUCGAGCGAGCUAAUUGUUGCAUUAUUGUGCAAAUGAAUCCCGCAAAUCGAAAGCGACAAAUAAUGUUGUAACAAUGGACGGUUAAUGGCACACAACAGGAGGCGCAACGUUCGAAAAAAAAACCUGAUGCACACGAUUGGUGCAUGGCCGUCCGAUGGCAGCGCACGGAAGGGAACCCAAUGAAUAAAUUUCCCUGCACCCGAACGGAAUUACAAGCGCAAUGAUCUGAUUAAUAUUGAUGCAAUGGCAUGCAAUUUAUAAUUAUAAUUUAAAGCUCUCCACGUUCGGCGCAACCCUUUUCGGUUAAUUACAAAACAAAACAGACACAUGGCAGGUGGUGUAAGAGACGCGUGAUGAGGACGUUACGAGGCAGUAGGCAGGUGUGAAUGAAGCAAACAAAAACAAAAAAAGGAAAGCGUUUGGCAAGCGUUUGGAACAUGUAAUCGUAUCGUAGUUUUAGCAUUACCACUUUCGGACCGCUAAUCGGCUAAUCCGUGGUUUUUGCGCCCUCUCUUCAGGGGCGGCCAUUAUGUGUUUUUAGACGUUAAGGAAGGACCAAUGAAUGCCUCAAAAAUGUUUGAGAUCCAAAAUUUAAAUCCAAAAUUGAAAAUAAUUCCACACAAUAUGUGUUUUCCCCCUCGCGCAAGGCAGGCAGAUUUCGAACCAGCUGUAAUAACUAUUCAUCUGGAGCUAAUCUGCUUACGCACGGCACCGAUUGGGGGAAAUUCAUUCGAAAAGCGUAAAAUUCAAAAUUUACCAAAAUUCGGUCUAUCAGAUACGGGAAAACGGGAAAUCAAAGCAAAUGUCGGUCCGACAUUUGUCAAAUGUCUCACCUCAUACACACCCACACAACACUCUUUCGAUUUGUUGAGUAUAUCUCAAGCAAAUGUUCUAGUUUUUUGCGCAAGUUUGUGUUUGUGCGCCCGGUUUUUGUUUUCUCUUUUUCGGGUGCGGCUUUUCCGGUUUUGUCCACUGUUUGUUUGUUAGCAUCCGAUAGCGGGUUUUAAGCCAUAGUUUAAAGUUCUCUUAUUAAAGUUAGCAUAAAUUGUGAAGCGUGUAAUUGAAUUAACCUACCUUUCAGCAUGUUUUGCGUGUAGUAAGCAACCGUUUUUAAAUUGCGUAUACUUCUUUCCCUUUCGAGACGAAUGAUGAUAUUUUACCCAAAAAUUAAGCUUAAAUUAUUAUAGAUUAAAAUUAAAAGGAAAACGAUCGAGGAUAGUUUUUUUUUCAAUUAAAUAAAUUAAUAUCAAUAAGUUUGUAUCUAUCAGAGCCGGCAGGUUGGACAUGGGCAGGUUUAUGCAUUUUACUGCGGAUAGAUGUGGUGCAGCUCUGUAAAAUAUACAGGAGACAAGAUCCCAAGCAAUGGGCAAUGUUAUCUUCCAUCUUCUACUUUUAAUUAGUCCUUCAUUCAACAUCUCAUAUCGUGCUAGGAAAAUGUUAUCUAUAAAAUGCAAAUAUUUGCAUUGGAUCGCGAACGUUCCACCGGCAUCGGUUCCGGUGCAGAUAAAACACACCAACGCAACAUUAACGCUUCUGUUCCGAUAAAAAGGGGUGGGCUUAAUAUUUAUUUUCGGUUCCCCUCAUAGCUCCCAUUCAAUCAGGGGCCGCGCGUGUCAUAUUUUGUGUUCCCGUGGGUGUUUGUUCAGGUUCGUGCUCUUCAGGAACGAACGGUUCGCUGAUGCCAUUUUUUUUGUGUGUGUUUGCUUCUUAAUUUUCAUUUUCCAUCCUCGACCAACGGCGUUAAUCAGCGAACGUUUGUCAAAUGAAGCGUAACGCAGCGUGAAUAUUCCCCGGAUAUCGAUACGGUCGAUUGGCAGCGCCGAAUCGCUGGACCGGAGCGGACCUUCGCUGUCCGGUUCGCACGCUUACGGUUCACUCAACAAUCGGCAUGAAUGUGAAUCGAAAUUUAAUGCAUAAUAGCAACAACCAAAAAAAAUUGCUUUCACAAAAAUUAAAUUUAAAUGUGCGUGAAGACAACAAAAAAAAAGUCGAUAGAGUGAGAGGGAGAUAAAUUUGUAACAUUUAAUUUACAACAAAAAAAGUACGAUACCGAUUCGAAUUCUGACCACAGUUGGGAUAUGGAAAAGAGGGAGAAAGUGUUACAUUAAAGUAAUAAAAAAAAAGUUAAAUGAAUUUCCCUGUGAUGCAAAUUGUGAGUGAAUACAGCACAAGCUCGAGGGCACCCGGGUUAAAACCCCCGGGUCCCGGGGCAAGCCAAGCUGUCCCUCGGGUUGGCGUGAAGUGUUAAUAGAUGCCACGGGAAGCUGGUUCGGCAUGAUGGGGAUUUAAAGAAUGAAGGACAAUUUUCGCUUUACCGUUCGCUUGAUUGAGUCGAAACUUGAUUAGUGGAGUGAAUUAUGCCGCUUUGGUGGCCAUUUUUGGGGAUGCCGGGGAGUUUUUUUUGUUGUUGCUGUUGUUGCCGUUUGUAUCAAGAACGGCUCCUUUCUUCGCUGGUACUCCCUUACCAUGAUAAGGAUUAUACGUAGCUGGACACCCCGAAAAGUCAACAAUUGGAAGCAAGCAGAGCAGGCAAAGGCACAAGAAAGGCACAAUUUUUGCGCUCAUUCUUUUCGGAUAAUGAGGUGGAAUGGUGUUAGAAUGAAAAUGAUGGAGGUUUGGGGUUUUUGCUUAUUUUUUGUUCUUGUAAUGUACAAUUUUGAUCCUGAUUGUUGCUUGUUUGCGCACCGAGAACAAAGCAUAAUGUUCGUCAAACGACGCCCUAAUGGCUUUGACUGCUGAGAAUUGAUGAGAUUUUUUAAACUUUACGGAGUGUGUUUUUUUUUUUUGGUACAACGUUUGGAUUUUUUAGUGUUAAAAAAAAUGGACAAGCUAAAUUUAAGAAACUCGCUUGUCCGCUUGGUUUAUAGUUAUAUAAGAAGGUGGGAAAAAAUGGGAUUAGAAUGUUUGGCCCUUGACGAAAUGAGAAGCGAAAAUAGAGAUGAGAUUAAUCUCUGAGAUUAAUGAUUUUUUGUUUUAUUUUUUAGGACGCGUUGGAAGCUUUUCAACUAAGAUUCGUUAGUCGAAAAAAGGGUUAAUUUGUUCUCCUUUUAGAAACCAUCAAUUCUGUUCAUUCAUCCUCGUAAUUUUGUACCGUGUCAACCUGUGCUUUCGACACGUUUAACAUAUUGUUUUCAUAACGAAUUAAAAACACGGUCCCAUUGAUCACUUUCGAUUCCCCACACAGAAUAACCGCAUCGUUACCGUAAUUAUCUCAUUGGUCAAUUUUAUUGCGGAAUUGAUUAUUUGAACCACCAUCACCGCCGGCUGCUGCUGCUGUGUGUCCAACCUUUGGCCGUCGCUCAUUAACCGAUCCGUGGGCACGAUAGCGAUAGAAAAUUACUACCAUUAUUAUUGCACCUUUUGCGGAGGAAAAGUAAUUGCAAGCGAGGAGGAGGAGAUGAAGGGAUAGGAGCGGGAAUAAUUUUUACUUUUAUCAUUUCCAUCCCCAUUUUGAGAUAACCAAUAUUGAGGCAAAAAACCAUUAAUCGUAAUGUGUUUUUGAUAAUUUAAUACGAUUCGCAGAUUAAAUAUUGUGUGUUGCGUGAUUGGUUGCAGGCGUUUUUUUACAGACAUUUAAGUUGAACGGGAUCACAAACGCCACCACGUUGCAGUUACCAAAAGUUAUUUGCAUAUAAUGCAAGAAACUUAUCAUAAGCGGCACUAACACAGAAGAGAGAAGAAGAUGAAGAAAGAGAGUAAGAGAGAGAGAGAGAGAGAGAUAGAGGGAAAGAGAAAAUGAAAGAAGUUAAUGAAACGAAAAAGAAGGAAUUUACAAUUUGCAUCUUUGCUUUCCUCCAUUGCGUGUACGGUAAUGUAAGUUUUGUUUGAUAAAAAGUAAAUUUUUUUGGCUUAACAUUUUGGCAUGAAAAAAAUAUUUUGGAAAAGAAAAUAAUUUACCAUUGCAUGGAAAUCUUAAAAUUUGACCUAUAAAUAACAAUUAAGAGAAACUGAAAACGAGAAGUUGUUUGGGAAAACUAAAACGUAAAAAAACGAAACAAAUCUUUCGGAAACAAAGAACAUUCUAAAUUUAAAACAUAUAAAAGAAUAACUAAAUAACAUUUCCUUAUCGAAAAAAGGAAAACAAGAGAAAAACAAAAAAAAAAUUGAAGGAAGAAAAAUUGCAUAAAAAAGGAAUCAAAAUUCAAAAUUCAAAAAGCGGUAUAAAGAGAAGAAACCAGAACAAAAACUAUAAUCAACAAACACGAUGUAACACGAUGGAGGAAGGAGCAGAGAGAGAAAAAAAAAUCACCCUUAAGGAGACAAUUGAACACAACAUGGAACACUGUAGUCCGUCGGUACAGUUCAAUCUGACCGAGAAGCAUAAAGCUGAUGCUGGAAAAAAGAAAUGAAAAAGGAGGAGGCAGGAAGGAGAAAUAAAUAUAUGAAAGAGAGCUUAAACUAUACCGGUGAAAAUACAAAACGGUGUAUCGGGGGACUUCAUACUUAACCGAGCGAGGAGAGGAGGUGUGAUGUGUAAUUAGUUACGUUAAAACAAGAUGACGCGCCGCAAAUGGCACAAUUGAGUGAGUUCGUGGAGGAAGCAAAGGAAAGAAGCAGUACACAGGGUGCCAAUAUGGUUUUGAAACGCGAAGCGAAGCGGGGCGGUUUUUGGGAUAAUAUGAUCACUGGCGAUUGCCAGUCUGCAGGCUAAGGUUAAUUCAAUUCGACACACCAUCCUCCAAGUUGACCAAUUAUGGCUGGCCUCAACUAAAGCUGCACGAGCGAACGGUCGGUCGGUGCGGUGGGUUGGUCAGAGCUAAAAUUGGAUUACCAAUUUCGAAACUGAUCCGGAGCACUAUUUGGUGGACCAUUUGUUCGGGACCGCUCACGUUUGAAUGAUUGGGGGCGAAUGCUUGUAUUCUGUGGUGGUAACCGGGUGUAAUGGCUGAAGACCGUGUAAUCGCCAGUGAUCGUAUGCGAGUCGGAUUUGAGGGGGAGCGGCAACAGAAAAUUCGCUACCAGCUUCUAUAAAUGGGAAUAUUUGUAUAAAAUCGCAACGUACACAGUUCGACUAUAUUAAUAGACUACACUAAACUCAUAAGUGAGGUGAAAAAGAAGAGGAAAGCAAAGAAGAAAACCAAACAGAGCGACAAAAAACGAUAUAAACGUUAAGUUGGAGGUGAAUGCGCAUGAAGAUAUGGGUAUGUUAGAUGGGUAAAGCGAGAUGAUUAAUACCUUGAUAUUGCCUUCGAUUAUACAAAAGUAAUAAAGCUAAACCGUGAAACACUUAAAUUAAUUUUUUAAUAAUCAAAUAAACAAAGCAAGCACGCGGAAGUAAACGAAGUAACAAAAGAGCAAAAAAAAAGAGGGGGAUUGGGGGAAAAAUAAACAGAGGUGACAGAGAGAGAGAGAGAAAAAACGGGGGUAAAAAAGAAACAAAACAAUUACUUAAAGCAACCGAAAAGAGAAAUAAAAAAAAACAAAAACAUAAACAGAUCAGCUAAAGCAAACCAAACAACAAACUACAAAUAGAGAACAGAAAGAAUUUAAAACAAAAAAAUCACAUCUUAUAUUUAUACACAGAUAGGGACGGGAGGAGGAGAUAAUGGAGUUUUUGGUGGGAGAGUAGCGGAUUUGCAGAAGAGAAUCAGUCUUACUUUAGUGCGAUUGUCGCACCUCUAUUGUUGUUGUUGUGUUUUACUGUACACUUUACUAAUGGUUUUCGUUUUGAUUUGUUUGUUAGCACACAACGCAGUUUAGUUUGGUUUCUUUCCUUUUACUAUCUAGUUCAGGAUAAACAGUAACAGUAUAAUGUUACAGUUUCCGUGUGUAACAGAACCAAUCUUUCGAACACAACAAUAUUGCCCGACAACUACAUCGUCAUACGACGCCAAACGAAACGAAACAAUAGACUGGCCACACAAUUGUUUUACCAAGCAUCCAGCAAACAACCGAAGAAAAAAACAAUCUACCAUUGCCCAAAAAUAAAACUAAAAAUAAAUAGCGCCUCGUGAACGGAAACAAAAAGGAAGGUGUGAACGAGCUUGAGUGAAGGAAAGGAAGAAAAGCGGAUUUGAGAAUGAAAAAUUUGCAAAUUGCAAAACAAAAGUGAAAAAACAUCUUUAAAGUACGGAAUAAAUUUUAUUUAACAUUUAACACAUUGAGGCAAAAAUCAAAGGUAAAGAGGAAGAAAGAGAGAGAGAGUAAGAGAGAAAGUAUCCAGGCAAAACAUACCUAGAACACAUGCAAAAACCAACAAACAAAAACCUGUAUCGAACGGCAAGCGAGUAAAAGCGGAGCGUGAUUUGGGUGCGAGAAUCAAAAAGUUACACGAUAUAACACCGUACACGUUUUGACCCUAGAGAUAUACAACAUUAAUGGAAAUGGCGCUAUCGAACGCACUUACUAAAAGCAAAACCAAAAAAAAAACAUAAAAUAUAAAAAUCUAAUAUAUUUGGCUAAAUUUAAGAAAAAGCAAAACUAAAAAAUUACUAUACUUUAUCAAACAUUCUCCAAAA